AUGAAUACCAAUUCAGGAGCCAGAACGGAAGUGAAAUCUAUUACAAUGGAGCAGCCCACAAUGCCUAAUAAAAAUAAUGAGCGCAAGCCAACAGCGAAGCCGAAUCAUUUGCACAGCAUUUCAGGACUGGCAGCAACAGGACCAUCCUACAUGGAACACUUACAAACUUUUCCAUUCUGCCAAAUUCCUGAUCCACCCUUAAAUGCCUACAAACCGGCAACACAAAAUAUGAUUAUUAAAUCUCAUCCAAACCCCGUCAUAGUUUCGUCGGAAACUGUAAAAAAUCUAGAGCUACCUUCCUCUACUAAACUGUAUGUAAACACUCAGGGCCCGAUUAAUGCCAAGGCUGAGCUAGACAACUGCUUUAGAGAGAAACAAUGUUUAUGUAAACAUGAUGUCAACUGGACCCUUGCAAAUAAGAAGCAGGAGGUUGAGUGUUUUGGUGAAACAAUGAAGGUACGAGGAAAAUUGGAUCCAAAGGAACUGGAAUUUCCCUUGAAAGUGAAUAAGAAAAAGGAAGAGCAUUUGAAAGGCAUUACACGAUCUCUGGUGGGCAUGCAGGAGAGAGUGUACAAGGCACUGCCGAAGAAGCUUAACAGGUAA